AUGAACUAUCUCUACAGAAUUCAUGCUUCCAACAGAAUUGUGCGAUAUAUGCAAACGCUACAUGCAGAAGGUUGCUGUUCCUCACCGGCAUCAACAGCGCGGUGUUACUCAACCAAGUUGGCAACAGAGGCGUCCACUAACAUUGGUAAAGUUGCUCCAACCGCAACUAAUGUCCCCACCGAACGCAAAUCCAUAAUUCCUCCCAACUAUCGAUACGUGUACCAAGAGUUCCUGCCCGACCCGAAAGUCGAGUGGCGUAAUUCGGUACGCGAGAAGCUCGAACGCAAGGAUAUGCUGGACCGACGCGCCAACAUCGACAUCCCGGAGUUUUACGCUGGUUCUGUAGUUGCCGUAACAUCUUCCGACACGCACGCCGAAAACAAAACAGCGCGUUUCGUAGGCAUCUGUAUUUUGCGCGAGAAAUGUGGACUCCGCGCAAGAUUCAUAUUGCGAAAUGUGAUUGAUCAUCAAGGCGUGGAGAUCAGCUACGAUUUGUACGAUCCCACAUUACAGAAAAUCGAAGUGCUACGUCUCGAAAAACGUCUAGACGAAAAUUUGUUGUAUCUCCGCGAUGCACUGGAUGAAUACAGUACUUUCGAUGUUAACAUGGAGCCGGAAAUCUUACCCGACGGUUCACCGGUGCCAAUAAACGAUGUGAAGGUAGUACUCAAACCGAGACCGUGGUACGCACGCUGGGAAAGACACAAUCUUCAGGGUGUGGCCAACAUUGACGAGCACACGAACGAGCGGAAACGGCGGAAGGCGGAAGCAGUGGCCCAGCCAUGGGAGAAGUAUGAUCUAAUGAAAGAGUACCGCCGUACCAUACCAGAGGAAGAACAGAAGGAAAUAUUUACCGAAAUUUAUUCACAACUGCACUCCCUAGAACUGGCACGAAAGAAGAUGAAGCGUAAGCGCACGUUUGUGAAACCUACCAAGCUCGCUUAAUGUAUACAUAAAACGUAU